AUGCUCGACACCAAGAUUGUCAAGUAUGAUGGAUCGGUGGUGUGGGACUCGAUGGAACCGGAUUUUGGGCACUGCGUGGUGGUGGACGCUAGUUCGGGUCAAGCUCCGAGUUUUCCCUACCCGCAGAACAACCGGGCCGUUUCCAUUCUGGUGCCCAGAGAAGGGUGGAAAGAAGUAGGGAAUGGCAUCGAGAACUUCCUCUUCCGGCCGGUGAGUCUCAGGACCACCAUGUUCCUGUACGUGGUGCAGGGACGCCUGCUCCAGUCGAUUGGCACGGACGAGAACAUGCUGGUCAUCCAUGCCUUCGACGCCAAUGGGGAAGAGUACGGCCGAGCCCACUUUCAGUGGGCGUUGGAUUUCCCCGGAGCCAUCGAUCAGACCAAGUCAUAA